AUGCAAAGACUGCAUACGGCAGAUUUGAUAUGGAGUAGCGUAGCACAGCCAAAACAAAGGUUUUUUGUGUGGCUGGGAGCUCAAAGGAGACUACUAACAAAGAAAAUGCUGGUGAAGUUGCAGAUUCAUGUGGAUAAUGUGGAAUGUUGUUUAUGUGAUGAACAAAAAACGACUGAAACAAGUCAACACUUAUUUGUUGAAUGCAACUGGAUAAGAAAUGUUCGUGCUGAGAUGCUGAGAUGGCUUGGUGUACAAUUGCAAGAAGGAGACAUAGUGAGCACAAUAAACAACAUCAAAAAGAAGAUGUGGAAACAGUUAAAGAAAGAAGUGGUUGCAGCAACAAUGGGAGCUGUCUUCUAUCAUACGUGGAAGGCAAGAAAUUGGAAGAUCUUCAAAGGAACUAAUGUAAAUAAUAUAGAUACUGCAGAACGGAUUAAGCAGGAAAUGGAAGAGUAUGGUGAUGGAAUGAACAGAAGAGAGGCAGAUGGGAAAGUGAUAUGA